GAGUUGUGUUUGUUGGACUCGCCAGACGUGGAGAGAAAGACGUCAUGUAGUGUAAAAAUAAGUCUGACGUCUUGGAGCUGAAUGCCACUUAAAAUGAUGGAAUGGCUACACUGCAAUAAGGACAAAUCCACCAGCUCUGCAGUCAUAGACAGAGUGAGGGAUGGAGCAAAAAAAGAGAGGGAGAGAGACAGACAUGAAGGGAAUUAACACCCAUGGAAAGUAUGCUGCAGGGAGCUCUUGAUAACACAGCUGCCUCUUUGCACAGCUCAGCUGAUUUAGAUUUUCCAUCCAGCUCCACAUGAAGGGGAGGGCGGGGUAGGACAAAGAGUGAGUUUGUGUAUGAGUGAAAGAAAAUUGUGUGAUAGAUCAUGGUUUUCCAGUCCUGCUUGUCCAGUAGGAAUGCGUGAGAGCAGCAUUGAGACUGGCAGAAUUGGGUUUAAUGCUGUAUGGAAGGCAAUGGCACAUAUUUUCCAUUGCCAGGCCUCAUACUCUCGGUCUGAUUACAGAUUAGUCAGCACAGACAGCAGUCUGGGUGGAGAGUGGUCAGGGUAGGUGGGGCCUGCAGCCUCAGUCUUUUCCUGAAUGGGCGGGGCCUGUUGCUGUGGCGCUGGGGGAAGGCUCUUAUAUAAAAAGCAGAGGGCAGGCUAGUCUGCGCUGACUGAGCCUUGCAUACGUUAAGCCAGUGGUGCAGCAGCUCAGCACCUUCCAGAAGAUUCUCUACAGACCUAAUCGCAUUGCUUUGAUGUAAGAGUACCUCUGUAAUACCAUAUUUUUUCAAAUCUCUUUUUCUUUCAAUCAAAGCAAAACCAAAGCUGGUUUUGAUGCAUUGCUCAUUUUGGCUGUAACCUAUUUCCGGUAUUGAACUCUUUGACGUUUCUCGGGCGCAGCCUUGACUUCGACAGAGGUGGUGUGAAAAGGAAGAAAGGGGGGAAACAGCUGCAGGCACCCAGCAGGGGAGGAACAGGAUUUAUUUCUGACACAAGACUUCAUUUUUAUUGCCCUCACGCUGGGGAAGGCAAAACAGACCCCUCUUCUCCACCCCUCCUGCCCUCUACGAUCACUCACUCCUCAAGUCCUCCGGAGGAUCCAGCGAGCAUCCAUCAUGCAUUUGAAAACCAUGAAGUGCAACCGUUUUUGCCUUAUCGCCUCCUUGGAGGACCAGGAUAUGUUUAACAGACCUGAGGCCAGGGCUAGUUUUGAGGAGCUCUUCCGUGCCUUUGACAGUGAGGCUACUUUCCAGUUUUUCAAGAGCUUCAGGCGGGUCAGAAUUAACUUCACUAAUGCUCUCGCUGCUGCAGAGGCAAGAGCAAAACUCCACAAGAGUGACUUCAACGGCAGAGAAGUGCGACUUUUCUUUGCCCAGUCUGUACAUAUAGGAAGUCCACGCCUGGAGCCUCCCAAACCGGAUAAGCAGUUCCUCCUCUCUCCACCUCCUUCUCCACCUGUGGGCUGGGAACAGGCCCAGGAUGCCACACCUGUCAUCAAUUAUGACCUCCUUUGUGCCAUCGCAAGACUCGGUCCAGGUGAGAAGUAUGAGCUCCACUCUGGAACCCCCACUACUCCCAGCGUAGUGGUGCACGUAUGCGAGAGUGACCAGGACAGCUCUGGUGCCGAAGAUGACAUGGAGGGCUUCAGACGCCCACGUCCCAAAAUCGUCCAGACCCGGCGUCCCGAUUACAUCCCUGCCAUCACACAGUGAGCCUAAAAAGUGUCUCACUGUGCCGUUGUCUUUGCUUUACCAUCUCGGGGGCUGAUAGGAGGCCAGCCUUGGCAUGCAGUCAGUCUGUCCCCUCUAGAGGAGGCCUUGAGUCUGAGCCCAGCCCCGUGGAGAAAGAAAUACUGUACAUGUCCACUGUCUUGCAGGGGAAGGGGUUUCAUUGCAUGCAUUUGUUGAUAAAGUGGCUCUUUUCUCCACACUUAAAGGUCAGGGGGUUUUCAGGAAUGCGAAUUCCAUUGGUGUCUAUGACUAUGGAGAAGAAAAGUCUCCAGUAGUGAGUUUAUUUAUUUCCUUUAUCUUGGGAAGCAUGCUUUAUCCCAGUACGAAGGUGUGGAAUUUGUAUGAUGAAAUCUAUUAUGGACUUUCCGUUUUUUUCUUUAAUCGGCAGUUCAGUACAGUUUUACGCGUGGUUGUUUUAUUAAUGUUUCCAUCAGCUGAAACAGGAGGCAAUAAUAUUCCUAUGCCUUUGUAGGAAUAUUGAUUAAUAUUAGGAUUUGGAAGGUUGCGGUUAUGGGCAAUACAUUUUUUUUAUAUGCUGGUUGUAAAGAUUGCUUCAUUUGUUAACUAUUAAUCCCUGAAUGAAUGACUGAGGAUCUGAAGAUUUGGAUCUUUUUUAGAAAUUGUACUUUCUCUAAAAAAUAAAAAAUAAUAAGUUGUUUGUUAAAUAAGCAAAUUUGCCAUAACUAUAAAUCUAAUUUAAUUAUGUAAGUAUUUUUGGUCAGUAAAAAUGACAUCUUGGCCCAAUAUUAUCCUGAUUGUAAGUUUGUAUGGAUAUACUUUCUUUCUCAUGUCUGAAAUUUGCAAUUUUACAUUUAUGUAAUUCAGGACCACAACACUGUAAAGCAAUCAGAUUGAGAAUGAGGGAAGACUGUUAUGCUCUUUACCAGAAUUUGCACAAGUUACAUUUGUUACAUGGUAAAAGUGAGCUUAGCAAUGUCUGUCCAAUGCCUUUUCAUGUUGUAUAGUUACCUCAUUGUAAUGUCUUAAUUGUCUGACUACUCAUAAAUUUGUAAAAGAAAAACUUGCUUGGUUUCAACAGCGUUGUUGACUUGGAUGUAUGUACUAAAACGUCUACAUAAACAAUCAUAACCAAAAUAAUAAAACAGGAACUUACACGGUAA